CAAAAACAUAUAGAAAGAAAAAACAAUGAUAGAAAAAAUUAUAAUAUAUUGCCUCUUGUUCGCCUUUUCAAUCCAAAGAACAGACUCUAUUCUUGCAUUUAGACGUUUUAACAUUGAAAUUUCAAAUCAUCUUGAGGGUAACAAACAACUUAUGGUCCAGUGUAGAUCUGGUGUGAAUUCGACCCAGGUUGUUUUUCUUGCAUUCAGUGGUGUGUUCAAAUUUCCUAUAAUACUUGAUUUUAAGACAUUGAUAUGGUGCAACUUAUGGAAGGGACCUGAUUUUAAGCAACAUGUGAGUUUUGACGCAUUUGUUGAGAAAGAGAGUUUUAUACAUGAUGUAUGUGGGAGUAUGAAGCCUAACGUAUGUUUCUGGCAAGCGCAAGACGAUGGAAUAUGGGUACGUAAUAAUCCAACCGGUGAUCUCAAGAUCUCUUUACCAAGGCAUUACCAACAUCGACAUUGAGGAAGCUCACGCAUCAAAUUGGAAUGCGGAGACUUAAGGACUUGCAGGGAUGACCAAAACAGGGGGAGUAAUAC